GAGAGGGAGAGGGACGGAGGUAAAGAAACAGAGGGAGAGAGCAGGUGUCGGAAAUCCUCCCCUUCAUCUGCUUGUCAUUUACUCCUUUAUGCUCUCUCGUCGUCUGCCGAGGUGAUUGGUUUUCUGUUACCGGCGUUCCUCUGCUUAAGGGCCCACUGCAAUCCCGAGGAAAACGAGAGGUGGGCAGACAGAGGAAACCAGAAUAAGACAGCAAAAAAAAAAGAAAAAAGGAAAAGGUGGAGCCUUUUCUGAUUGACUCAUUUUCACCCGUUCCUUUUGUUAUUUGUCGAGGUGGGCUCUUGUUAUUUUUGUGUUUGCUUUUUUUUAAAAGUCAGAGAUAGAAAGAAGAAAAACACACCUGCCCAAUCGAUCCCCCGUACAUCCUCUUUGUACACAAGAACCAAACUUCUUUUUCCACCAAUUGUUGAUUUUUUUGCCUUGCCUAUCGGGAUUAUUUUCUCUUCUCAAUAUAAACACGGGAUUGCUCCAGAUUCCUCCUGAAUGUCCUCACACCCACUGACACAGUGUGAACUCCUCUGACUCCCCCCACGCCCCCCCCACCCUUCACCCCCUUGGCUGAAGCGCUAAAACUCUGUGGUCUCAGAUCUCAGUGCCUGUGUUGACUCACUACUACAGUGAUAAUAUGGCACGGCGCUUCUGAUACCGUCUGAUUCAUUCUGUGGCGGUACAGGCAGCCAGCAGACCAUUCUCCAUGAGGAGCAGUAGAAGAUGCCGGCUCUGCCAGCACUGCUGCUGUCAAUACACUUCCUCUCCUUCCUGCUAGUCACCAUGCCGCCACGCUCCCUCAGUCAGGCCCCUCUGCUCUCCUCUGUCCGCAUGGCUGCAAUCCUGGAUGACCAGUCUGUGUGUGGGCGUGGGGAGCGGCUGGCACUGGCCCUGGCCAGGGAGAACAUCAACAGCGUGAUGGAGGGUCCAGCUCGAGCCCGCGUGGAGGUGGACAUAUAUGAGCUGCAAAAAGACUCCCAGUACGACACUACAGACACCAUGUGUCAGAUUCUACCCAAAGGCGUUGUCUCUGUGAUAGGUCCCGCCUCCAGCCCCGCCUCUGGCUCUACUGUCAGUCACAUAUGUGGGGAGAAGGAGAUUCCUCAUGUAAAAAUUGGACCUGAGGAAACUCCUCGCCUGCCGUACCUGCGCUUUGCGUCUGUUACUCUGUACCCUAGCAACGAGGAUCUGAGCCUGGCCAUUGGAGCCAUCUUGCGCUCAUUCAGCUACCCCUCAGCCAGCCUGGUCUGCGCCAAGGCUGAGUGCCUGCUGAGAUUGGAGGAACUGGUUCGCCGCUUUCUCAUCUCCCGGGAGACCCUGUCAGUCAGGAUGCUGGAUGACAACCUGGACCCUACGCCGCUGCUGAAGGAGAUCCGUGACGACAAAGUGGCCACGAUCAUCAUUGACGCCAACGCUUCCGUCUCCUAUCUCAUCCUCAAGAAGGCGUCAGAGCUUGGGAUGACAUCAGCAUUUUAUAAGUACAUCCUCACCACAAUGGACUUCCCCCUGCUGAGACUGGAUGACAUAGUCGAUGAGCAGUCCAACAUUGUCGGCUUCUCCAUGUUUAACACCACCCAUCCCUUCUAUUUGGAGUUCAUCAGGAGCCUCAAUCUGUCUUGGAGGGAGGGCUGUGACCUAACGUACCCCGGCCCUGCGCUUUCUUCAGCGCUGAUGUUUGACGCCGUGCACGUGGUGGUGGGGGCAGUGAGGGAACUGAACCGCAGUCAGGAAAUUGGAGUGAAGCCACUCAGCUGCACCUCACCUCAGAUCUGGCAACACGGGACCAGUCUUAUGAACUAUCUGCGCAUGGUGGAGUACGAUGGUUUGACAGGGCGAGUGGAGUUUAACAGCAAAGGUCAGAGGACCAACUACACCCUGCGGAUCCUGGAGAAACACAGAGGAGGCCACAAAGAGAUCGGUAUCUGGUACUCAAACAACACCCUGGCAAUGAACUCCACCAGUCUGGAUAUUAAUGUCUCAGAGACGCUGGCAAACAAGACCCUCAUUGUCACCACCAUACUGGAGAACCCAUAUGUGAUGCGUAAAGACAACUACCAAGACUUCCAGGGAAAUGACCAGUAUGAGGGCUUCUGUGUUGACAUGCUGAGGGAACUGGCAGACAUCUUGAAAUUCUCCUUCAAGAUCAAGCUGGUGGAUGAUGGCCUGUAUGGGGCCCCAGAGCCCAACGGCUCUUGGACUGGCAUGGUUGGAGAGCUAAUCAACAGGAAAGCAGACCUGGCCGUGGCAGGUUUCACCAUCACAUCAGAAAGAGAGAAAGUUAUCGACUUUUCUAAGCCGUUCAUGACCCUGGGGAUCAGCAUCUUGUACAGAGUUCAACUGGGUCGGAAGCCCGGUUAUUUCUCCUUCCUCGAUCCCUUCUCUCCAGCCGUCUGGCUCUUCAUGUUACUCGCCUACCUGGCUGUCAGCUGUGUGCUGUUCCUGGCUGCAAGGUUAAGCCCCUACGAGUGGUACAACCCUCACCCAUGUCUUAGAGAGCGCAGAGACAUGCUGGAAAACCAGUACACUCUGGGAAACAGCUUGUGGUUCCCUGUUGGAGGCUUCAUGCAGCAGGGAUCAGAAAUAAUGCCCAGAGCCUUAUCCACCAGAUGUGUUAGUGGAGUGUGGUGGGCUUUCACCCUGAUCAUCAUUUCCUCCUACACGGCCAACUUGGCGGCCUUCCUGACCGUCCAGCGGAUGGAGGUUCCCAUUGAGUCUCCAGACGAUUUGGCCGACCAGACGAACAUUGAGUAUGGCACGAUCCACGGCGGGAGCACCAUGACCUUCUUUAUGAACUCAAGGUACCAGACCUACCAGCGGAUGUGGAACUACAUGAACUCCAAGCAGCCUAGCGUAUUUGUGAAAAGCACGGAGGAAGGCAUCGCCCGUGUGGUCAACUCCAAGUAUGCUUUCCUGAUGGAGAGCACUAUGAACGAAUAUCACCGUGGCCUGAACUGUAAUCUCACACAGAUCGGAGGCCUGCUGGACACCAAGGGUUACGGCAUUGGCAUGCCACUAGGAUCUCCAUUCAGAGAUGAGAUCACACUGGCCAUCCUCCAGCUGCAGGAGAAUAACAGGCUGGAGAUACUAAAGAGGAGGUGGUGGGAGGGAGGCCAAUGUCCCAAAGAGGAGGACCACCGUGCCAAGGGUCUGGGCAUGGAGAACAUUGGGGGCAUCUUCGUUGUGCUGAUCUGUGGCCUCAUUAUCGCUGUGUUUGUGGCCAUUAUGGAGUUUGUGUGGUCGACACGCCGCUCGGCAGAGACUGAUGAGGUAUGCCCCCAUACCUGCCCUCGCCGACCCCACAGACACACCCCAGUGUCUGUCUGUCAGGAGAUGAUCACAGAGUUCCGAAACGCCGUCUCCUGUAAAAAGAGCUCUCGAAUGCGCCGCAGACGGCCCCUGAGCAGCUCAGCAGCCUUGCGUCACCCUACCCGCAUCGCUCUGGGGGCCCCUCGGCCCCUGCGCCUGGUCCGGGAGAUGCGGCUCAGCAACGGCAAGCUGUACAGCGGAGCUGGCCCCCUGACAGGUGGAGCUGGAGGGGGAGCCGGAGGAACGGGGCAGCCAGAUCUGGGCCCUGGGCCCCAAAGGAUCCUAGACGAUCCGCUUGGAGCCAACACCACCCCACCUCCACCUGCCCCCACCCCUGUGAUGCUGCCUGCGCGCAGCUGCACCCACGUGAGGAUCUGCCAGGAGUGCCGAAGGAUCCAGAGCCUGAGAUCAGGUAGCAGUAUAGGAUCAGCGUCAACAAGAAUACCCCCUUCGUCCGCCCCCCUGCCCCGGAUACCUCCACCCCCACCCCCAUCCUCAUCCAAUACAGACAGUGAGGGUGGAGGCGUGCCCAGCCCAAGGCGACUACAUCACAGCCCCCCAGCUCAUACCCCUCGACCCAUUCCACCUCCGCAGAGCAGCAACACCUCAGACCUUCUUGGGGACCAGGACUGAGGAAUGAAGUGGGUGAGGUAGAGGGGUGAGAUAUAUGGGUGAGGGACAUUUGUGCUGCUUAGAAAAAACACUGUUUCCACUGAUCAGAUUCAUCCGAGAACUAAAAUGUUUGAGAUGAGGGAACAAAGGAGUAAAAAAAAUAAAUAAAAAGGAGUUGAACUCUUGAUAAGGCCAGCCAACACGGAGAGAGAACGAGAAGAAACAUGGAGGACCAAGACUUCAUCCACUUCAGAACUGAAGACACAGAGAGGUGGUCAUCGGUUAGCGUUUGUAUUUGGCUAAGAAGAACAGUUCAGUUUGGAUAAAAGAGAGAGGAGAUGCACAUGACCACGCGUCAGUGCCCGCUGGCCUCCUUUUGUCUCCUUAAUCCCCUCUCACGUCACUUCUCAUUUGAGGGUGCUGGUUUUCUUUCACGGACACUUCACUGGAAGCUAACCAGCCCUUUACUGAAAUGAAGCCUUGCUGGAGGACAUACUGUAUCUGUAUGUGGUUUUAAAACAGCAACUGACUUCCAGAGAAUUUAUUCCUGAUGUUUUUUUUUUUGUUGUCUUUUUGUUACCAUUGUUCUAAGUGGGAAUUUCAGAGUUAAAUAACAGACUAUAGUGUGACAAUAUGGUGGAUUAUAACAUACCAAGACACUUGACAACCGCUAAUUGUGUUCGAGAGUUUUGUGCCCCUCCCUGUGCCCCAUAGCUGCUUUUUGGAUGGGAUCGGGGAAGCUGGAUGAAACGACUUCAAGGCAACGUAAUGCAAACAGUAGCAGAGAAAACUGUUGGUCUGCCUUUCUUUACACUGUGUGUGCGUGUGUGUGUAAAAUUUGUGCUUCCUGUAAGUCUGUCCGUAACUGCUCAAAACGAGGAGAACCGUGUACCCAGCAACAGCUCCUUUCUACCAAUGUUAGAUAUUCAGACAGACACAAAAAGGGAGAGAGAGGGAGCGAAUGAGCGAGCGAGCAAGAGGCUUUGAAAUGUGAAAUUAAUGUUCCUCGUUAUCCUGGGUAACGCUUGCCAAGCCCUUACUUCUUUUUCACCUCUGUUCACACCAUGUAGACAAGAUAGAGAGACUGGGCGAGCCAGAGACAGAGAGGCAAGAUAGAGACGAGCAGGAAAAGAGGAGGUGGAAAGAGCCAGAGAGUUAAAAAAGGACACUACUGAAUUUGAAUAAGAAUUCCCUCACUGAACUACUUCCAUUAUUAGAUCUGUCCUGAUCUGUUAAUUCUGGGCAUCUUUUAAGGGGCUUGUUAAUGCGCCAGCAGACUAUAACUGCGACUUCCUCCCAUCUCUCUGUUCGACAGGCUAUCUUGGCCGUCCACAGCAGCGGCUCCUGCCAGUAUGAUAGACUCAACACAGCCUUGUCAAUACCGUCUCAAGCUUUUGAUCACCUAAUUACUCCUCUCAGUGGCUGGGGACCCAUUCAGGAGGGGGUCGAAUACAGGGAAAUGCGCUGAUAAAUAGAUGUAGAAGAAAUGUUUUUUCUCUCUGGCUGGGAAGCGAAUCUGUUUUAAUUAUGUUGUUAAUGUUAUAGCCUUACAGUUUUGUGAAACUCCAAUGAAAACAGACUCUAGUGUAUAAGCAAAGUGUGCCUAAAGGGAGAAAUACUGGUGGGUUUGCAUGUUUUGCCUUUCUGCUUUAAAACCUGUUAAGUUUGUGGCCAACAUACAAGAACUUUUUAGACCCGCUUCAACCACCAAACAACUGUGGCACGAAAAUCAAGACGUACAUUACAUACAACAGUUAUCAGUCUGGAUUUUUUAAUUGUCAACAAAUUGCAGUUCAACUAGGGGACAUGUUCCUUUGUAUCGACCCUUUUAUCGUGUUAAAUACUCACUGCAACAACCAGUGCCUGAAAAUAGUCCCCAAGUAAAUAUAGCCUUUACUAUUCUUUCUCCAACAUCUGCUAAAAACUGCAGUUCCCAGCUGUGUUGCCUUUUUAAAAUGGGACUGCACUCAGUGUUUCAGCGGGAAUAUAGACAUUGUUUACUAAUCCUCCAUCUUCCUCUGUUUGUGGGCACUACCGUCGUCGUAUUCACUCAGAUGCAGUGCAGUGCUCGGCCUGUUGCGGUCUAAGCAAAAAAAAAAAAAAAAAAAAAAAAUCUGACCAGCUUUAUGUCAGCAGUAAAUCCAAUUAUUUA